AUGCUGGGAUUGCUGCGUCUUGACUGGGCGGCAGACCCUGGUAAGAUGAUCGGGCUGACUAUAUUUGGCCUCGUCGUUUUAGUAGCCGACUAUGUACGGAUACUUUCCUUACGAAGGAAAAUGCUACCCGAUGCGAAGCCAUGGGUAUACUUUGAAGAACUCUCCAAACGCUACAAGACCCCCAUCAUCACCUAUUGGAUCGGCCGGAACCCGACUGUCUGGAUCUGCGAUGCCUGGGCUGCUUCGGAGCUAUUGGAUAAGCGGGCUGCAAUUUAUUCGUCGAGACCACGAAUGAUCGUAUUCGGUGAACUUGGCCUAGGUCAAAACAACAUUGUUACCAUGUACUAUGGGGAUCGCUGGCGACUACAUCGAAAAUUGACCCAUAUGGGUGUAGGUCUACAACACGUACGAGACUAUAGUGGUUUCCAGAACAACGAGAGCAGAGUCGUCGCUAUGGAUAUGGUCCGGGACCCCGCCAACUACGUCCGGCACUUCGAACGAUAUGCAGCAUCAGUCGUCAGUAUUAUUGGAUUUAACCGGCGUAUCAGCAGUAUUGAUGACCCUAUUAUCACUGAGGUGAUCGCUCAUAUGCAGAAAGCCGCGGAUCUCAAUAUACCGGGGAAGACCUUUCCUCUACUAAUGGAGACAUUUCCAUUCCUCGCCAUGUUUCCCAACUGGAUGGCUCCCUGGAAGCACGGCCUUGGAAGUGGAAAAGGCCGAGGCAAGUCUUUCUAUUACGCUCUAGCGGACGAAGCCGCUCGCAAGGAGGACCACGGAAACUGUUACGCAAAGAAGAUUUUCGAGGAGGCCCCCAAGUACAACCUCAACGACAUUGAAAUUGCUUCGCUAAGUGGGAACCUCUUUGGGGCCGGAAGCGACACCUCAUCUUCGACUCUGGUUACUUUCAUCCUCGCAUGUUGUGCUUUCCCAGAGGUACUGCCAAAGGCUUGGGAAGAGCUUGAUCGGGUUGUCGGCUCAAACCGUAGCCCCAGCCUUGAUGAUGACCUCCCUUACAUACGUGCCUUUGUUAAGGAAGUUUUCAGAUGGCGAUCGGUGGCAAUUGUUGGAGGGCAAGCCCAUGCGCCGAUUCAAGACGAUAUCUACAAGGGCUGGCAUAUUCCGAAGAAUACCUGGGUUCAAGGCAAUGUCUGGGCGAUACACAGAAACGACAGGGAUUUUCCAGAGCCAGAUCGAUUCCUCCCGGAACGAUUCUUCAAAGAUCAUCCAUUGCAUCGUCCAUUUCCCAAUGAGAGGGGUUAUAUGACUUUUGGCUGGGGCAGAAGGGUUUGCAGUGGCCAAGGUCUUGCGGAACAGGGCACGUUCUUCAACGUUGCAAGGAUGUUGUGGGGUUUCAAUAUCCAGAAGGCGUUGGAUGAGAAUGGGAAUGAAAUCCCUGUGGACAUUUUCAAGUAUACAAAUGGGUCGAACAUACGUCCUGAGCCUUUCCGAUGCCGGAUAACACCCCGAACGCCAGAAAUUGAGAAAACAAUCAUGCGAGAAGGCCGUCAAGCGCUGGACGAGCUGGCGCAGUAUGAGGGCCAGAGCAAGUACCGUAUGAGCACAUUUUACCUGCAGGACCAGAUAUAA